AUGAGCACCCCGGUUCAAGGGAAAAGGAAGAGUGAGGAAUCAUCUCUCGCAACACAGGAAAGGAAGAAAGCUAAAAUACAAGCUCGCCGAGCCAUUGAAACACAAGCCAAACCUACUGGCGAUAACUCCGCAGUAUCUAGUCAAGCACCGAGAACAAUUGAUGUAGUAGACUUUGCAGAGGCGCGUGCCUUUGAAAUUAAUGCUAUGAACGAUGCUUUGAAACGCGCCGAACAAGGUCAUAACUCAAGUGCAUCGCAGCUGCUCCCUCGUCGUCUCCGACGUCGAGCUGCAAGUCAUAAUGUGAAAAGGCUGCCGAUUCGUUUGAGAACCAGGGCCAAGUCUGAGGCACAGGAUAAAAAAAACAAUGCGAAGGAGCAGGCAAAGCGUGUACGAAGAACACAAAAGAAUAAAAUCCAAGAAUAUACGCGUCGACAAGCUACGAAGAAAUGGCUCGAAACCCAUAUAUGGCACGCGAAAAGAAUGAAAAUGACCGAACUUUGGGGAUUCAGAUUGGCGGAUCACCCAUGUGAAAAGAGUAUCAAAUCAUCAUAUCGUGCAAGCUCUCAUCUUUCCAUGAUUCACGACGCGUCUUACUUUGGUUGGAUACGUAUUGACGGCUUCGAGCAAAGUAUAAUUGACGUACUCAAGUUCGUCUUGAAUCCUUGCGAAAACUGGAUCAUGAGCGAAAGAUAUCGCUCGGGAAAAAGGUAUUGCUCGACGUAUAUGUACGCGUACAAGGGAUAUCCAAUGCAUCUCAUUUCACCUGUUCACUUGCUGUGGAAGCCUGUCACAGACACGAAUAGCCAUAUUCGAAGCAUGUUAAUUUGGGUGCACGCAUCGGCAUUUGAUGAAGUGUUUGACGUCCUCCAAAAAGCGAAGAAAGAGGCAUCCAUAGAUCAUGAACUGAACAUUAAUAUUCGACAAUCAGACUUUCUUAUGUUUGAAUUGACUGGACCAAGAUCGACUGCAUUAUUGCAAACAGUUUUAGAUCUUGUCGAUGAAGGAGAAUGUACAAGUAAUGACGCUCCCAAUGAUAUGACGGAAUUUACGACAACAAAGGGUGUCCAUAUCAACACUGAUGCACACAAGAUUUGGCGUACGUUUAGAGAUUUGAGAACGUCUGCUUCUUUACCUCCCGGAGUCGUUUUAGGUUUGACUGUACACGAUCCUCGACUACAAUUUCCAAAGAAAGUAAAUUCAAGGACGAAUAUUAUAGCAAAGGAAGCCGAAAAGGAAAUACACGAGCUUCUUCUUCAUUGGCCCGGAAUGGUUAUGCAAUCAGACAUUUGGGACGAUGGAAUACUUCAAAAUCUGGCCACAAAUAAGGUUACUGAUGGGAACCUUGACAAACGUCGUCAGAAGUUUUUGAUCCCUGGCCGUAAACUUACGCCUUUUCCUGAAGACAGUAAGAUUCCUAUUCUCUUAAUAACUCGCAAUUCUUCAUCUCUUACACAUUAUCCUUCUCAAGAAUUUAUUAAUGGCUGGGCCGUAAUUAUUCCAUCUCACUGGGGAAUGCCGUUCUGGAAAUCAUUCGUGUUUGCUGGAGCAUGGGUUGGCGGAUUAAGGGAAAGAAAGAAUCAGCAUUUUGAAUGUGGCCAAUCCUGUUUUCCUUAUGAUUUUCCUGGAUGUAAAGCGUACCGAGAAUAUCAGAUAAAAGAGAAGAAACGUUUGGAGAACGAAUAUAAUAAGAAACCACCAGCCAAAAGGGUUAAUUAUAGGAAACUUGAAAUAGAAGAACCAUUUAUGCCACCGUUCGAAAGAUUGAUUAAUGAGGAAACUGAUUCAGAUGAACAGAACGAGAAGUAUGAUAAGGAUGUGGGGUUAUGGCUAUUGCAGGGAUCAAAACUUGUUGAUAUCAUAAAAGAUGAUGCCAGUAAUGUUGAGGAAUUAGAAGAAAACUGUAAAGAGAGAAUACAGAUGUAUAUGGAAAGUAGAGGGGCGAACUUCAGUUUCAACUUUGAUUUAUCUAAAGCAUUAGUCCGUGUAAGGAUAACGAUGUUAGAUCAAGGUAUUCCUCAAAAAUGUGCAAUUCUAUACCGACUUGAACGAAGAAAUUAUGGACUAAUCUGUGAAAAUUUGAAUGCAAGAAGACGUACACAUUCUCAAAAUCAACCGACUCUUCCACACAAGGAUGAGAUAAUUGGAUAUAUUACAUCAGGACAAUAUUCAUUUUCCCGAGGACAAGGAUUUGGGUUUGGGUGUUGCACUUUAUCCGGGAUACUAGAAGUUUUCAAAGCACAGCUAAAGUGA